AUGGCUCCUACAAAGGGACCUCGACAGGAGCGAAAACCCGUCGACUCGAGCGCACGGAAAUUGAAAAAGACGCGAGCGGCAACCGAGCUGACGACAAUCACCCAGCGCGUGCAAGAGCUCGAUACCAAAGUUCGACUUGAAGCCUUCUCCGACCUCCCUCUCUCCGAUCCUACAACGUCUGGAUUAUCAGCGUCGCACUACAAGACUUUAACUGAUAUCCAAUCCCGUGCGAUUCCACAUGCACUCAAGGGACGGGAUAUUUUGGGCGCUGCGAAAACCGGCAGUGGGAAAACAUUGGCGUUCUUGAUCCCGGUCUUGGAGAACUUGUAUCGCAAGAAAUGGGCGGAACAUGACGGUCUUGGGGCACUGAUCCUGUCUCCGACGCGAGAGCUGGCGAUUCAGAUUUUUGAAGUACUGCGCAAAGUCGGUCGAUUCCAUGCCUUUUCGGCUGGCUUGGUCAUUGGCGGGAAAAGCCUCAAGGAAGAACAGGAACGCCUCGGCCGCAUGAACAUCCUCGUCUGUACUCCGGGGAGGAUGUUGCAGCAUCUGGAUCAGACGGCAGAUUUGGAUGUGUAUAACUUGCAGAUGCUGGUCCUCGACGAGGCAGACCGAAUCCUAGAUAUGGGAUUCCAACAGACUGUGGACGCAAUUGUCGAACAUUUACCACAGACUCGCCAAACGCUGCUCUUCAGUGCGACUCAGACCAAGAAAGUAUCUGAUCUGGCACGAUUGAGUCUUCAGGACCCAGAAUACGUCGCAGUGCAUGAAGCGGCCAGCAGCGCGACCCCCUCAACUCUUCAGCAACACUACAUCGUCACACCUUUGCCAGAAAAGCUUGACACCCUGUACAGUUUCAUUCGCAGCAAUCUAAAAUCCAAGACAAUGGUUUUUAUGUCAUCCGGAAAACAAGUUCGUUUCGUCUACGAAUCGCUACGACACCUGCAGCCCGGCAUCCCGUUGCUGCAUCUACACGGUCGCCAGAAACAAGGAGGACGGUUGGAUAUUACCACCCGGUUUUCUCAAGCCAAGCAUGCGGUGCUCUUCUCGACUGAUAUUGCCGCUCGCGGGCUGGAUUUCCCAGCUGUAGACUGGGUCAUUCAGCUGGACUGCCCUGAAGAUACGGAUACCUACAUUCACCGAGUGGGCCGAACGGCUCGCUACGAACGAAACGGACGGGCCGUGCUUUUUCUCGACCCGAGCGAAGAGGCCGGUAUGCUCAAGAACUUGGAACAGAAGAAAGUGCCGAUUGAACGAAUCAAUGUGCGGACCAAGAAACAACAGACUGUCAAACACCAGCUGCAGAAUAUGUGCUUCAAGGAUGCGGAACUCAAAUAUCUGGGCCAAAAGGCUUUUAUAUCUUACGUCAAGUCAGUCUAUGUGCAAAAAGACAAAGAAAUCUUCAAGGUUAAGGAGCUUGCUCUGGACGAAUUCGCUGCGAGUCUUGGACUUCCAGGAACUCCCCGGAUCAAGUUCAUCAAAGGUGAAGACAGCAAGAUACAAAAGAAUCAACCCCGUGCGUUGAGAUAUAUUUCAAGCGACGAAUCAGAUCAAGAGGAGGAUGGCACGAAGAAGACUAAAAAGAAGGAAGUCGUUCGCACCAAAUAUGACAGGAUGUUCGAACGGCGCAACCAGGACGUAUUGGCUGACCACUACUCGAAACUCAUCAAUGAUGACGGUACUAUGGUGGACCAAGACGGCGGUAUCAAUGGGGACGCAGAUGAGGACGACAACUUCCUGACUGUCAAACGCCGCUUUGAUGCUGGUGAUCAAGCACUCGGCGACGAAGACUCGGAUGUUUCUCUUUCGGCUGAUGGGGGUGAUGAUGAGGAGGAGGAGGAAGCGAUAACCAAAGACAUCAAAGUGGUCAAAAUCUCCGAUGCAGCCGAGCCCCUCGUCAUUGAUUCUAAACGCCGCGAGAAACUCCUCAAGUCUAAGAAGAAAUUACUCAAGUACAAGGGACACGGAACCAAAAUCGUCUUUGACGAAGAAGGGAACGCCCAUAAUGCUUACGAAUUGGAAGAUGAGGACAAAUUCCAUGCCCAUGGUGAUGCGGAUACUCAACGAGUCAAAUUCUUGGAGACAGAAGCUGAGAAGACUCGGUUGGCUGAUCUCGAGGACAAGGAAGUUGCGAAGCAGAAAAAGAGGGAAAAGAAGGAAAAGAAGAAGGAUAGAGAGCGCGAACUGGCUGAAGAAGAGGCCGAGGAUGCCGAACAAGGAGGACGUGUUGCUUUCCUGGCACCGCCGGAUGAAGGAGAGUUCGGUGCUGACGCUGCCAUGUCGGACUAUGAAGAUGAUCGUUCCGAGCUUGACGAACCAGAGGCGGCUACUAAGAAGAAGAACAAGAAACGGGUCUCGUUCUCUGAUGACGAUAGCGAUGACGAUGACGACAAAGCCCGCAAGACCAAGCGCUCCAAGCGUUCUCAUAAGACCAGGUCUGCUCCUGAUGAGCCUGUCGAGGUCAACACUUUGGAGGACCUGGAGGCAUUGGCCACCGGUUUGUUGGGUUAG